CUUUGAUGUUCUGACCCGCCAGCUCCCGGAGCCUCUCAACCCGGCGCCCGCGCCCCGCGCCCGCAGCCCGCCCAGGCGGAGUCACCCCGCGCUCCGCCCGCCGCGAUCCGGGCUCGGAGGUCCGGACUCCGGGCUCGCCGCCUCCCGGGCCGGCUCCGCGCCCCGCACCCCCGAGCCCCGCGACCCCGCAGGCUGAGCGCACCAUGCCGCAGCUGGACUCGGGCGGGGGUGGCGCGGGCGGCGGCGACGACCUCGGCGCGCCCGACGAGCUGCUGGCCUUCCAGGACGAGGGCGAGGAGCAGGACGACAAGAGCCGCGACAGCGCCGCGGGCCCCGAGCGCGACCUGGCCGAGCUCAAGUCGUCGCUCGUCAAUGAGUCCGAGGGCGCGGCCGGCGACGCGGGGGUCCCGGGGGCGGGCGCCGGUGCCCGCGGCGAGGCCGAGGUCGGGGCGGAGGCUCUCGGGCGGGAACACACUUCGCAGAGACUUUUCCCCGACAAACUUCCAGAGUCUCUGGAAGACGGCCUGAAGGCCCCGGAGUGCACCAGCGGCAUGUACAAAGACACCGUCUACUCCGCCUUCAAUCUGCUCAUGCACUACCCGCCCCCCUCGGGAGCAGGGCAGCACCCCCAGCCGCAGCCCCCGCUGCACAACAAGGCCAGUCAGCCUUCCCAUGGCGUCCCCCAACUUUCUCCUCUCUAUGACCAUUUCAGCAGCCCACACCCCACACCUGCACCAGCCGACAUCAGCCAGAAGCAAGGAGUUCACAGGCCUCUGCAGACCCCUGACCUCUCUGGCUUCUACUCUCUGACCUCAGGCAGCAUGGGACAGCUCCCACACACUGUGAGCUGGCCCAGCCCUCCUCUCUACCCCCUGUCCCCUUCCUGCGGAUAUAGACAGCACUUCCCUGCCCCCACUGCAGCCCCUGGCGCCCCCUACCCCAGGUUCACCCAUCCACCCCUGAUGCUAGGUUCUGGUGUCCCUGGGCACCCCGCAGCCAUCCCCCACCCAGCCAUCGUGCCCUCUUCAGGGAAGCAGGAGCUGCAGCCCUAUGACCGCAGCCUGAAAGCACAAGCAGACUCCAAGGCAGAGAAGGAAGCCAAGAAGCCAACCAUCAAGAAGCCACUCAACGCCUUCAUGCUAUACAUGAAGGAGAUGAGAGCCAAGGUCAUUGCAGAAUGCACACUCAAGGAGAGUGCUGCCAUCAACCAGAUCCUGGGCCGUCGGUGGCAUGCACUGUCCCGGGAAGAGCAAGCCAAGUAUUAUGAGCUGGCCCGCAAGGAGAGGCAGCUGCACAUGCAGCUAUACCCAGGCUGGUCGGCGCGGGACAACUACGGGAAGAAGAAGAGACGGUCGAGGGAAAAGCACCAAGAAUCCAACUCAGACCCUGGCUCGCCUAAGAAAUGCCGUGCUCGCUUUGGCCUCAACCAGCAGACGGAUUGGUGUGGUCCGUGCAGGAGGAAAAAGAAAUGCAUUCGGUACUUACCCGGAGAAGGCCGCUGCCCCAGCCCCGUUCCUUCCGAUGACAGUGCUCUAGGCUGCCCCAGGUCCCCAACUCCCCAGGAUUCGCCCUCGUACCUCCUGCUGCCCCACCUCCCCACAGAACUGCUUGCUAGCCCUGCAGAACCGGCGCCUACAUCACCAGGCCUCUCAGCCACUCUCAGCCUCUCAGCCCCCUCAGAGCUACCAGCAGAGUACACAGGUUCAGCCACAGCAAUCUCAGAGACAGGCAGCCUAGCGUGCACAGGACACAUGGCUUCCUCCAAGGGCUCACCCUCUGAGAGGAGACGACAGAGUCCCAAAGCGGGUGGAAACCGGCCAGGGGGCCUGUUGGCUCCCUCUCACAGCUCAGGCCCUGGAGAUUUCAGAGUCUGCACAACUUCUGCCUGAACCUGGGGCCAUCAAUUCAAACUGCUCCAAGUGAUGGGAAUCAGAUCCGCGUUGUGUCAUUUCGUCAGGGGCAUCCCCCAUGCCUAUGGCAGGCUCCCUCCCUCUGUCUUGACAGCCAGAUGCCCCUGCCCCCCUUGCUUUUCCUCUAUAGGUCAUAGGUGGACUGGACUGAGCCCAGCUGCUCUCCCCUCCACCACUGCCCCACCUUCCCUGUACCAGAUACUUCACGGACCAAGAACCAGCUGGUUUACCAAACAACAUGUAAGCAUAGUCACAACCACAAAGCUCAAGAUGACAGUGCUUCUCUCUUAAGGGCCUGGAGAAGCCCUGUUUACAGAAAACCAUCUGUAAUCUGUAAGCUGAACCAAGGGAAGCUUCUUCCCACAUUCUUUUUAGCAGCUUUCAAUAACUGAAUGGAAUAGGUUAGAUUUAGGCCUAUCAGCCUGGCAACAGGAAUAACCUGACACUACCUUACAGGCAAGUGUGGAUGGUGAGCGUUUGUGGCUAUAGUUCAAAUUACUUGGAAAUGUUUCCUGAGAAAUUCAGCCACCUAAGAAGCCCUGAUACCUAAUGCCCUAGUCACUGGUUCAAGUCAGUUGUGGCUCAAAACCAGUGUGCAUCCUUCCCCACUUCUGAGCACCUUGUCCAGAUCCAAUUCCAGCUUAUCCACAUCAGUCUAGCCAGCUCUUUAGACAGUUGUAAGGGCAAACCAAACCUCAGGACAGCCAGUACCUAUUUUCCAGCAGGUAAGCAGGCCAGCUUCAGUUUCCCUAUGGGGCUGCAGGAAGGAAGACCAUACAACUAAAGCAGGAGCCCAGAAAACCUCUAGUGGUGAACAUCGGGUUUUCACCACAGCCUACUUUAACCCAUUUCUGAGCCAAGCUUCAACCCUGAGCCUUAAAAAACAAACAUUUUUUAAUUUAAUUUAGUUUUUUUUGUUGUUCUUUUUGCCUCCUUUUCACUGUAUGUAGCCUGAAUCCAAAGAGAAAGGGCUAUCCUUGUACCCACACACACCCCUCAACAAAAGCCUAGUUCCUACUUUAGCCACUGGCUUCUCAGAAUCCAAAGAUCAUGUUCUAGUGUAGUGCUGCAAGAAGUCUUGAGAGAAAAAAGGACCAUUGUAAUAUUCAAGAUAUUUUUGUAUUGUUAAUGCAUAUCACAGAAAAACUUUGAUAUGAGAAUAAAGAUACUUUUUACUGGG